AUGCGCGCGCGGUUGUCACCCAUAUAAUCAAAUUAACAUGGCCCUGUGUACACAUUUUCCCAGUCCGAAGAAUACCUGAAAUUUCAAUGGAUUUUAGGUAAUCUCGAGAAAAGAGAUGGGUUACACAUUGCUAUCUUUAGGAUUCAACUAUCAUUAUAAUGGUGCUGUUACACAAGGUUGUUGUUUCCAGAAGAAUGACGUGUUAUUUUUAAAGACAGAUUUAAAUCCACAAGUCUCAGGGAGUGGGAACUAAGCUAGCCUCUCUCUGUCUUAGUUAAUAGGAGUUGUCACACAGGGUGCAGUAGUCGUGCCACUAUAGAAAUGAUGGCGAACCGUCAGCUUGUGUUCCUAUUCUCUUCCAUGCUUCUGGUAGUCUUUUCCCCGACCGUUACAGAAAUGUUAGAACAAGACCUUGCCGACUUGGACAGUUUUAUACAAUCCCUCAUGGCUUGCGAGAGUAAACCAACCGUUGGCCUGUCCAUUUCAGUCGUUAAAAACGGAGACGUGGUCUUUUCUAAGGGGUACGGCAAGCGGGACUUGAACCAGGGUCUCCCGGUCGACAACAAGACUAUCUUCGGCCUCGGGUCCAUUUCCAAAUCCUUCACGGCGACUCUCUUGGCGAGCGUUCUCGCUGAGAGAGAUGACGUCACAUGGGACACGCCGUUAGUCGACAUACUGGGGCGCGAUUUCAGUUUUCAAGACGAAUUUCUGACGAAGAAGACAACUCUGCGCGACGUUCUUUCCCACAGGACCGGACUGCAGAGGUUUUCGUUACAGUUGUUACAGUACGGGAUGGACAUAGACAGGGCGGAGUUCGCAAGGAGGGUUCGCCACUUCUCCCAGGUCCAUCCCUUCCGCACGGUUUUCUCCUACAACAACUUCCUCUACACCCUGGCGGGGCACGUCGCCGAAAGGCUUGCCGGGAAACCAUUCGAACAGCUGUUACGGGAAAGGAUCCUCCUCCCUCUGGGUAUGAAUGACACCACGUUUCUCGCGGAUGCGCUUGAGGAAGGUGACUUCUCGAAUUCUGCCCAGUGCUACCUGACCUACAACAAGAAUGGAUCUUCCCUCACCCUCGAUCGAGAAGCCUUCAGAGGGUACAGCGCCGGGCCCUGCGCAUCAUCACCCCCGGAGGAAGACGCAGUGCUCAGUGUGCCCGACUUGCCCACACUGAAAGUCAGACGAGAGGAGGCAGCGGUACAGCUGGUUGAACGCAUGCUCAAGGAAGACCACCCCCUGCAUGACAUGGUUCCACCCACAAGAACAGGGGCCACGGGACUCACACUUAGAAACUCUAGGACAAUCAGUUUACCAAAAGCCCGUACUAAGAGAUUCAGUAAGUCAUUCCUCCAUAGCGCCAUCCGUCUAUACAACAAGAAGGUUACACAGUAG